GGUCGUAUGAUGAUUACAGAGGCGAUUUCGGAAACUGCCUGCCUCAAAAGCUUUAUUACUAUACUUUCUAGUUAUCAGCUUCGACGCAAAACAGCAACUUUGGAAUGGUCUCCUUUUGGCGGUAGUCUUCAUUCAUAGAGUCCUGUCUUGCAAGCUGAAGAAAGUGUCAACAGUUGAUGGAAGCUUGCCACACAGUUGUGUUUGUGGCACUUCAGGAAAAUAGUUGACCGUUGCGCAUUUGGGUAGUUUGUGCCAACUUGCUGUGAUGAAAAAAGAUCCACUGGAGUGUCAUGGACAGGGGGUCUGAGUUACAAAAAGACAAGUUCGCAGAGGGCGCCAAGUGGAACUUUCGAGUGUCCAUUCGCUUGUGCCCGCAGCGACAGAGGGACCCUAACGCAGAGGAGGCGAGAUGCUCCAUCAAAGUGGUUGAACCCAACAGGAUUAUUGUUGACACUGGCCGGGGUCACCAGCCCCAUUCUCUACUCUUUGACGCAGUGUACGACCACAGUGCUAGCCAGAAGGACAUUUACGAAUCCACAACUGGGCCACUAGUGGGGUCUUUGAUGCAGGGUUACAACGCGUGUGUCAUCGCAUACGGCUCCCCAUGCAGUGGAAAGACUUACACAAUGCUUGGCGGGAGUUUGACGGGCAAGCAGCGAGGCAUCCUCAGUCGCGCAGCGGAGGACAUUUUUAACUCACCUGAAGCAUCCACCUGCACUGUCAGGGUGUCAUUCUAUCACAUUUCUAAUGAGAAGAUCUUUGAUUUGCUGGAGAGCCAGCCGUCUGAGGUGGUUCGUGUCCAUGAGGGGGAGGACAGUGUGGUGCUGGAGGGGUUGAAGGAGGUGGAGGUCAGCUCCACACCGGCCUUACUGCAGCUCUACCGCCGCGGCGCCGCCAACCGGCAGGGAGGCAUCUCAAAGGGGGAGUUUGCCAGCAAGAGUCACUCAGUAUUCAACAUCACAGUGAUCAACACAAAGCCAAGCUUUGUGCAGGGGGGAGUCCUGACUGCCAGCAGGCUGACUCUGGUAGAUCUUGCCAGUUCGGGGAAAGCCCGCGGUCCCAACGCCGCAGCCCUGGAAGUCAAGAGGUGUUUCCAAACAGUUCCGGAAAACCCACAGGAGGCCAAAACUCUCAAGCGGUCCCUCACAAUAUUUGGAAAUGUCAUCUUUGCUCUGAGCAUGGCCGGCUGUCAUCACGUUCCCUACAGAGAGUCCAAACUCACCAGGGUCCUGAGAGACUGUUUAGGAGGAAACUGCCGCAUGUCUCUGAUCGUCACUGUGUCCCCUCACGCGUCCUCUGUCACGGAGACCCUCAGUAGCCUGCAGUUUGCUUCUCGAGCCAUGGCCAUCCCUCCCAGACCAGUGCACAGGUCACAGAUGCACUACACACCUCCACAGCUCACCGCCCAGACUUGUCUGCCCCCCAUCGCGUCUGGUCCCUCCUCUCCCCCUCUGCGCUCCGGUCACCACCGCCACCCCGAGGACCCCGAGCACAAGGGCCCCCAUUUCCUGCCGCACCUGGACAAGCAGAACCCACAGCACGAGGACGGCGGCCAUUUUGGAUUUCCAUCCGCAGGGGGAAGGGGAGUCUGUCCGAUGGAGGAGAGAGCAGGAGGAGUAGUCGGAGGCAGGUGCGCGGAGAGCAGGGCGUCUCGCGUGCUCUCGGCCUGCCAGCGCUCCUACUCCACCAGUCUCUCUGGCCCCCUCUGCCUGGGGCAAGAUGGCGGAGGAGGAGGAGGAGGAGGAGGAGGAGGAGGAGGAGGAGUGAUGGGGGCAGGAGGAGUGGGAAGGGAGAGGGCGGUGUAUCCAUCCCAACGACGCUCUGUAGAGAGGCUAUCAGUCAGCAGCACCACCCCAGCCACCACCUCCUUCUCCUCCUCCUCCUCCUCCAUAGUUCUCCAUGGAGCUCCUGGACCUCCUCCACUAGAGUGCCCCAACUGCAAGAGAGAGCGGAAGAUCCGAGAGGAGUACGAUAAGUUUAUUGUCCAGGCACGGAGGGACAGGGACUCUCUGAACUUGAGGGUGGCAGAGCUGGAGGCCAGGCUCCUGAGGAGCGCAGAGGUAGAGGAGGAGGAGGAGGAGGAGGAGGAGGAGGUGGCGGUGGAGAAAACAAAUAAAGAGGAAGAGGAGGAGCAGGAAGAGGAGGAGACGUUAGGGGUGGUGGACCACCAGGAGAAAGGGCCUGAGGAGGCCAUGGAGAUCUUUCCAUACAACACAGCCCAGUUACCAGCCAAUGCAGAGGAGCAGAGUGCGGUUCCGGCUGAGAGCCCAGACAGUGUGGACCCACUCAGGGGAGAUAGGGAGAGCCAGGAAGGACAGCCUACCAUCAGCAGCAACCAACUCCUUCAACUGGAGAAAGAGAACAACCAGCUCAAAGGACAGAUUCUGGCCUUACAGCAGGAGUUGAGUAUCUCAUGUGAACAUCAGGAGGAGUGUGUGGGGAGAGAGAAGGCCCUGAGUGACCUUCUGCAGGAUGAGAGGGCGCGGGCGACUCAGGAAGCACAAGAGCUGAGGGCACAGCUAGCCCAGGCCACACUACCACAGUGCACCCUGGGAGAGAAGACGAGGCUGCUAUCGGAGCUGCAGAGUGCCAGAGCGGAGCACGAGGCGUUUAAAGGGGAUGUUGAACGCACCGUGGCUCAGCUGCAGAAGGACAAGGAUGAUUUGAUGUCUCGUCUUGAAGAGAUAAGAGAAUGUUAUGAAAAGGUGAAAGCUGAGAAUGCGCUGCUGAGCCAGCGAGUGGAGACUUUGAAGAGGGAGGUGAACCUUGGUCUCCAUGGAAACUCGGGGUCCUCCCAUGUCCACACAGUCACGACCAACACCGAGAUGCUUGUGGUGUCCCACCAUGUGUCCAAGCAGUGCUGCCCACGAGCAAGUAAUGCAGACAGCAAAUGCUGCUACAGUAGCUGCAGUGCGUUUGAGGAGAGAGCUGCGCCUCCUCCUCCUCCUCCUCCAGACCCGCCCUCACCCCCUGAGAAACCAGCUGAAGGCGAAGCGGAGAGCAGGAGCGAACAGGAGCAGCCGGGACUCCGCAAGACCAGAGACGCCCUCAAGCAACUGAGGAGGGAGCACAGCCUCCUGCUGGACGUGAUGCUGGUGCUCUACCGCAGGGAGUGGUUCACCAGAGAGGCCAUGCCCUACGUCAGACGCACACUCAGCAAAUGCGGCAUGAGGAUGGAUGACAUGGACUGAGGCACACAGGAAACUAAAAACAAAUAAUCAACAGUGGAAAUGGUUGGAGCUUCACACCAAAGCACAGGAUCUGCUGCAUCGUAAGCCAAAAAUGAAAGUGUGCCAUUUUGAAAAGGUUGGCCUCCAAAGGUUAAUCAGUCACUGCACCUAUUAUAGAGAAUUAGCGCACAAGUGUUACUCACAGUCAAUCCACCUGUUCAAAAGAUGUCGUACAAACAAUAGUCUAAGAUGGACAGUGUGUACUGGACAGCUGGACGACCAGAUGCUAGGCGGAGACAUGGCGACAAUUAAUAAGACUCAUACUGUAUGUCAUUAUGAUGACUUGGCACGCCACACACAGAGUGAACACAACAAGACUGGCGCUGUGUUUCAUUACAAAGGCAACAGAGGAGCAGAAUAUGGAAAUGGUACUACCGUAUGCUCACAGUACUGUACUGUAUAUGCUCAUCAGUGGUACUAUACCUGUAGAUGGUAAAAUACAGCUUCCAAUCCAGUGGUCACAAAUCGAUUACCUCAGGCUACCUACCCGCUACUACUGGCCCGGAAGUGGUGAAUGAUAUGGGACCCAGAGGGGAAAACCAGAAAUUGGAAGUGACUUGCGGAACUAAAUUAAGGAUGUCACUCACCAAAGAACAAUGAGGCCUAUGGUAACGAUAGAGUCCAAAAAGUGAAACUGUCGGACACUCAAACUCUGUUUUAUUAGUUUAUAGUUUUUUUGUUAUUGGAUUAAAUUCAUUCAUGUUUGCCAGUCAUGAACAUAAGGGGAUUGUGAUAUUUGCGCAUCAUAAACUAAGCUGAGUUCUCUCAUAAACUUUUUUUAUUUACUGGUGUGGAUGAGUGCCUCGUAAAUAUUGUUAUACUGUAUAACUAAAGGAGUAGUGAGCGUCAUCACACUGUUAUUUGUGAAAUGUACCUAGUGUUUUAACCAAGUUAUUACACACUUUGUCUGUUGAUGUCUUAAUUUGUACAUGAAAAAGUCAAGUGUCUUCCUGGUCGAUCAAUUCUAAACUUUUUUCAAAUGUCUACCUCAAAUAUGUAUGUCUUUUUAUGUGAUAGAUAAUUAGUAGUAAGAACAAUGGCUCCUAGCAUUGUUCUUAGUUUUAAACAACCUUGUUGGAGCCGAUUUCUGACUCAUGGGUAGCAGAGGUUUCAAUAUCAACUGUAUAAAAAAACCUGUCUAACUUAGCACCAGUGAAUGAAUCGUCACACUUCCAACAAACGUUUAUUGAGUGGUUGAGAUUUGGAACACUAGUGCCGUUUCUGGCAUCUCGGAGGUAGAAAAAUCACCCAAGCGUUAACUGCUUCCUAGAGUUAGACCGUGCUGAUACAGUCAGGCAUGGGUUUUGGAACGACCCAUACUCUUCUGCAUUACACUGAUGUCUCCCUGCCAACUCCUACACAGUAUAACAUUAAGUGUUAAUUCAACAUCUAUUAGAAAUAUGGAAAACAUUAAGAUAUAAAAUAUAAAAUAUUCAAUCAACUGAUUCAGUGCAAGUGCAGGAUUCAAGUAUUCACACGUCCACACAUUCACACACACACACACACACACACACAGACACACACACACACACACAGCAAUUGCACAAGAUCCUAUGGCAAAGUCUGGUGAGGGUGGACAGAAGUGGACAGAACACUCUAAUGUAGUAACAUUUGUCCAGUAACAUUUUAGUGUUCCAGCAUAGUCUAUGUAAUGAUGGGAACUCAAGUAACAUGUUACACAAUACUUCAUUUUUAGGGUAGAGGGGCAAAUGAUACUGUAAGUUUCACAUUUUGCUCUCUUGCGUUUCAAUAAGGCCUCUGACUUGUGUUGAUGGUGUU